UCUGAACGCCAUGAUCUGCACACCCACCCUCCUCAAUCACUUCCCAUCUGUACAACUCCUGCUCACUUGUCAUAGCAGAAUGCAGGUGGUCGGAGCUAAUGUUAAAAACACAAAUCUGGUUUCAGGCUUUCUGAUUGGUCUGGGGAAGCUAUCAGUUUGGAUAGUUGGCUGGUUUAUUUUUUCCCUUUCCUUUAUCAAAACAAUAACAAUUAUAAAGCUGGGCUUGAACAGUUCUCUCUGCAGAACCCAGUACAGGAAAAGGAGCAGGCUUAUAUGGACAUUAUGAUAGACUGUUGGAGUCUAGCUGGCUCUUUCUGCCUUUUUGCUUUCAACUUCAAUUGCCCUCCUGAUAAAAAAUCUGAAUGUCCUUCAGAUGAGACAAUUCUUUCAUCCCCUCCACCUAAAAAUUACUCUGGGAUAUGACAGUUUGGUGUCGGUCCAACCAAUCUUUCUCUGUUCAAGCUUGACCAUUGUUUUCACUUCUGUCUGUCCAGAGAGAUACCAUACAUAUCAUUCAUUCAAGGCUGAGGGUAUUCACAUCAAUGUACUUGUCUCAGAAUUCCCAACAAUUAAUGCCUGCGUAUCCAUCUACCUGCCUUUCUCACUGCAUAUGAAGCAUUGCUAUACAGUAUACACCCCAACAUAUAAUACAAAACGUUUCCAUGAUCGUCGUAGUUUCCUGCACCAAUUAAUGCUGGUGUAUCCAGCUCUGUGUGCAUGUCCCAGUAUGUGUUAUAUCUAUUAAUGCACUUGUUUUCCACAUAACUUAACAUUUCCAUAGCAAGGCUUUUUGCAACCAUUAAUGCUUCUGUUUCAAUCUGCGUGGUUGUCCCAGUACAUUAAUUAGGAAGCAUUGCAAUCUAGGCCAAAUCUCAUAAAUUCCACACAUAAUCUCUUGUGUUCCGAAACAGAAGUAUCACACAAGAAGUCACCUUCAUACAAUUCAUGUUUUGUCUGUUUUUUACAAUCAGAACCCAUCUCCAAAAGCUGAAAGCGCAUUCACUUGCUAAUCUGUGCCAAGUUGAGAAUAGAUUAGCCUCCAAUAGCAAAACAGCAUUUUUCUUUUCAUUUCACAGUAACAGUACGGUCUGAAUAUGCUAUGAUGCACUACCCUUGAGAAAAGCCAUUGAUCUUAUUAGCAUUACUUCUCUGUUUUAUAUUUCAAUGGGUAUGUAGCAGAUUCAUUUUCAGCGCAGUUUGACUGUAAGUUGAGACCUUUUGUGGGUUGUCGACUGCUGAGGACUCCUCCAAUCAAAAGGGGCGUUCUUCGAAAGUAAAUACAAUCGAAUCAGAGGAAGCUACUCAGCUACAAUUUCAUAGUAAAAAUAUACAAAAGCAGGAGGUUUAUAUUAAUGCUUUCCAUCAAAUCCAAAUCCUUCAGAAGAAGAAAAAAAGAAGCCAAGUCUGACUGUUCCAUUGAAGACCUUUGUGUCAGUCGAUUAAAAGGCUUGUAUUCCAUCUAUCUUCUUUAUUGUGUAUCUGCCCAGAGCAGCAGGCCGUUCUGUUUAUACAUUUUAGAAGUUACAAGGGAGAGCCCAAUGUCCAUGUCUCUGCUUACUGCUUAGUAGCUUACAAGCAUGCAAUGGAAAAUCUGUUGAUCCACCUCAAAAUUGGUGAAGACAAGAGCCUUUUCUGAAUUUGUGAAAGUUUUGCAUUGCUGAUUCUUCUAAUUAGUACAAGAUACGAACAAUUAGUUGUGGAAAAUCAGGUAUUAAUGAUGGCACCCCCAAAUAGAAGGGCAAAACUGAAGCGAGAAGAGCUAGCGGCGGUGCUAUCGGUGGUGGCUACGGUGGUGGUGAUAGUGCAGCAAUUUCUGAUAGAUAACGAUAUGUUGCUUCUCCCAAGCCAGACCAUGGCACUUGAGGCCUCUGUGCAGGCAACAACACUGGCCCUCACCAAGCUCCACAUGAUGUUCUCUUUGGCCGAGGCAGUUUCCCAUGAUCGAAACAUUGGAGACAAAGUGGGUUGCAGCAGCACCAACAUUUCCACCUGUUGGUUCCACCGCUUCACAUCGUCCGUAACAGAGGACAAAGAAUGGAGGGACAACUUCCGCAUGACAGCGGCCACCUUCCAUGCUCUUCUCGAAUCCCUGCGCCCCGCUCUUGAUCAGACAGGAGAAGAGCAAGGGGAAAUGCUUCCAAUCCCUGCGGACUACAAGCUUGGGAUGGCGCUGUAUAGGCUGGCACACGGCGCCACCUUCAAGUCCGUUGGGCAGAAGUUCGGCAUGGGCGCCAGCUGUGCUUGCAAGGCCUUCGAUGAGGUCUGUAAGGCGCUCAACGAUCGCCUCUACCAUCUUUCUGAAUUGCCCUCCUCCCCGGAAGGUCUGUUGCCCAUCAUUGACAGUUUUGCUUCCAUGGGAAUGCCCAAUUGCUGCGGAGUCAUUGGGUACACCAGAUUCCUGGUGGAAAGCCCUCCGGCUGAUCACCCGGCUGAGGAGUACAGAGAUCCGGAGGGGCGCUAUGGGGUCAUAAUGCAGGGGCUUGUUGACUCCUCCGGACGCUUCCUUGAUAUAUCAGUGGGCUGGAAGGGCGCCAAUACCCCUCCCAAUAUCCUGCCACACUCUAACCUCUAUAUACGGGUGGAGGAAUCCCAGGAGCUCCUUCAUGGCCGGCCUGCCGAGCUCAUCAACGGCGUCCUUAUGCCCCAGUACAUUAUUGGAGACAGUUUUUGCCCUCUCUAUUCAUGGUUGCUUACUCCCUAUCUCGCAGAUAACACCCUUCACUUUCUUACUCCAAGACAAGAGCUUUACAAUUCGGUGCACGAGUAUGCCAGAAGCGCAAUCUCCCGAGCUUUUGGUAUGCUGAAGUCUCAAUGGCAGCUCCUCACCAUGCGCCAGCGCUGGGAGGAUGUGGAACUUCUGCCCUCCGUUGUCAAUGCUGCCUGUCUUCUGCAUAAUUUGUUGAUCAAUUACGGGGAACCCAUGCCCAAUGAGCAGGAACUUGUUGCUAAUGAGUUUUUUGUUGCUCAGGAGAGGGAUGAGGUUGCGGAGAGCAUAAGGGAUGCCCUUGCUGCGCAUAUUUACAUGGUAGCCCAAAUGAGACCGUAACCCUGAUCUCCAUCCUUCAAAUUAACGCAGUUUUACCCCAUCUGUAACAUUUUCUUAUGAUUCA